AUGUCUUUAGGGGGUCAGCGUAUCGGGUCGAGCUUAGAGUCUGGCUCUAGAUCCGAACAGGAAGCUUCUGGGAGUGCUAGCUCUUCCCCUGAGGUGUCUUCGAGGUCCGACACUCGAUCGGAUCGAGGAGAAUCUCCAUUGAUUGAAUUGGCGGAUCGAGUCCGUUCUGAUGGGGCGUCUCCGCGAGGUGAAAUGGAUCUUCAGAUAGUUCUUUUCGAGGAAGAUCGAUGUGAUGGGGAGGCUACAGAGCGUGUCGAGGACGAGAUCGACGAAGGGGGUGAGGAAGAAGAUGAGCAGGGCGAGGAAGAAGAACAAGAUGAGGAAGCUAGACCUCGUCGCAAAGGUUCCAAGCGCAAAGGAGCCAUCAAGAAUCGAUUAGUCAACAUUCCGUCUCAGAUGACGGCUCAACGCCUCGAGGAGUUUCAGUUACGAUACGGUUUUCGAGGCGAGCUGAUGGCGCCAGGGCCUGAAGAUCGGCCGUGGCAUGCUCCGGAGGGCUGGGUCACGCUUUACGAGGCGUGGUUCAGUCUCUGUCAUCUUUGGGUGCCUAUGCCGAGGUUGCUGACGGACUAUGUAGACCGUCGAGGUAUUGCGUUCUCGCAAAUCCUUCCAGCGGGGAUUAGGUUCAUGGUUGCAGCUCUUUUGUUUGGUAGCGAGGUCGGUGUCAACGUUGAUUGGCAUUUUUUCGAAGAAAUGACCACCGUCCAAAAGAACAACUCGAUCCCGGGGACGUAUACAAUAAAGGCGAGGAAGGACUGUUCUUUGGUCUACCCUGUCAACAGGACGCCGAGCUGGGAGGCGUCCUUCUUUUUUGCGAAGGUGGAUGAGAAGUUGGUCGUCGACACCUCCAGGAAUUUUAGGAACGAAUGGAGCGACAGCAUCGAUCGAAACGUUCAGCUCGAAGCGUUCCCGGAGAACUUCCACGCAAAUCUUCAGAAGAUCAGGGCUGUUGGGAUACAACAUUGGCCUGAUAUACAUCGUCGAAGGGUCGAGGCUGCCAUCACUCGCAUCACGAACGCUAGUUGGAGGAGGGAGAAUAACCUGCGGGAAAGAACGAUUGCAAUGGCUCCAAUUCAAGUUAACGCCCCCAGCCUCGCUGCGCGCCUGAAGGUCAAGAAGAGCGGGAGUAAGGAUCGGGGUCCUUUUGCAUCUCGGCCUGCAUGCACGGAUCCGGUGCCGACCCAAGAAGAGGUCGAGGUUGCUCCUCAACGCGAUGUGAACCUCGAGUCAGUCGAUGAAGGUGGGGUCGAGGCUCAGAGUGCUGAAGACCAAGUGUCUAGUCGGCAAGUAGACGAUGAAACCGACGAAGUCGCGCAGCUGGCGAGGCGCAAGGAGAAGAAGCAAAAGAAGAGGAAGCCUGAAGAGAAGAAACGGAGGGAGGAGGCCGAGGCUGCUCGCCUCGCCGAGAAGAAGGAGGUCGCCGGGGCUAAGGCGACGAUGGCAGUCAAAGAUUGA